AUGCCCUCCGAAACUGCGAAGCCCCCCGUGAAAUUGUCAUUACCGCUUGAGUACCAGCAGGACUGCUUCUCAGAGCUUCGCAACGAGGAUGAACUCGUCAUACUUGCCCGCGGCCUGGGCUUGUUGCGGGUAGUCACCAAUCUACUCCACUCCUACGAUGCCAUCGGAAGCAAUCUGGUUGUUGUUGUGGGGGCGGAUGAGAGAGAAAAUGGUUGGAUUGGUGAAGCGCUAGCGGAACAUGCUGCUAUCAGCAAGACCCCAGCGGCGAGGGGGCUGAGCCAGGUCAAUACGGAUAUGAUGAGUGUAGGGAUGAGGGAAAGAAUGUAUUCGCAUGGGGGAAUAUUCAGCAUUACCUCUCGAAUAUUGGUGGUUGACCUACUGUCGAAGUUGCUGAGUCCUGAGACCGUUACGGGGCUCGUGGUGCUUCACUCUGAGAGGGUCAUUGCCACGUCCAUCGAAGCCUUCAUCAUCCGUAUCUACCGCCAAAUGAACAAGGCCGGCUUUCUCAAAGCAUUCUCCGACAAUCCUGAACCGUUCACCACUGGCUUUGCGCCUCUUGCAUCGAUGAUGCGCAACCUCUUCCUCAGAAAACCUUCUCUCUGGCCACGUUUCCAUGUCACUGUAGCUAAGUCGCUUGAGGGUCGCAAGAAAGCGGAAGUUAUCGAGCUUGAGGUGCCCAUGACAGAUGGGAUGCGAGAUAUCCAACAUGCUAUACUCGAAUGUGUUGAAGUCAGCAUUGGCGAGCUCCGAAAGGCGGACACAGGGUUGGAAUUGGAUGACUGGACGCUAGACAGUGCGCUGCACAAGAAUUUUGAUGUUAUCGUGCGGAGACAGUUGGACCCGAUAUGGCAUCGAGUGAGCUACAGAACAAGACAGAUCGUGAACGAUCUCAGUGUUUUACGGGGUAUACUACAUGCGCUCCUCACUUAUGAUGCAGUCUCAUUCAAUAAGUACCUGGACACGAUCUUGGCUGCCCAUCAGCCGCCACCGGGCUCAAAUCGUCAGAAUCAAUCGCCGUGGUUGUUUCUCGACGCGGCUAAUACGAUGUUUGAAACCGCAAAGCGCAGAGUGUAUACUGGUAAGCCCAUCGAUGGAGAGGUUCCUGAAGCCUCGGGUGCUUUGCCAGACUCACUUCGUCCCGUACUUGAGGAGCAGCCAAAAUGGGCACUGCUGGCCGACAUACUCGAGGAGAUUGAGCGUGAUGCAUACUUCAAUCCUGGCAUACGAGAUGACUCAAGCGGGACCAUUCUCAUUAUGUGUUCGGAUCAAGGGACGUGCCGUCAACUUCGAGAGUUCUUGCAGAACAUGCACGUUCGUCCGCAGCAAACGAACGAAGAUGACGCGGCAGACGGUGAUGCCGAGGUAAAAGCCUCUGCGACGUUCAUGAUGAGAAGGAAAUUGAGGAAUUAUCUCAAUUGGAAGAAAGAUUUCGCUCGAGUCAGCGCCUCGCUCUUUACAGAGAAUCAGAAGGUCCUCGAGGGUUUCACUGACCAGAGAGGUGCCGACGGAUAUCGAGGCAAGGGCCCACCGAACAAGCGGAGAAGAGUCAGAGGUGGCUCGUCCGCAGCUUUUGGUGGCGGCAGACCUGACAAUAGCAGUCUGCAAAUGGCGGAGGACAGAGAGUCCCAAGUAGCAAUGCUUUUGGCAGACAUACAACCAACCGACGCGGAUGGCGCACAGAAGGAUGAAGUCGCGAUAGACUCUUUGGACGACAUGGAAGACUACUUCGAGCUUUACGAGAUGAGCGAUCUAGUAGUUGUUCAUCCCUAUGAUGGUGACAUGGACGAGCAUGUUCUCGAAGAAGUGCGACCAAGAUACGUGGUCAUGUACGAGCCUGAUGCUGCAUUCAUCCGGAGAGUGGAGGUCUACAGGAGCUCGCAUGAUGAUCGUAACGUCCGAGUGUACUUCAUGUAUUACGGAGGCUCUGUGGAAGAGCAGCGGUACCUCAGCGCGGUUAGAAAAGAGAAGGACGCUUUCACAAGACUCAUCAAAGAAAAAGGAAACAUGGCCGUAACCAUUACGCUGGACGGCACUGCGCCGUCGGACCCCCAAGAACAAUUCCUUCGUACUGUAAACACACGCAUCGCAGGCGGUGGUCGCCUGGCUGCCACUGCUGAACCUCCCCGCAUUGUCGUCGAUGUCCGCGAAUUCCGCUCCUCUCUCCCCUCCCUUCUGCACGGUCGCUCCAAUGUCGUCGUCCCUUGUAUGCUCACAGUUGCCGACUAUGUGCUCACUCCCUACAUAUGCAUUGAGCGGAAAAGCGUGCGAGACCUCAUUUCCUCAUUCAAGAACGGACGCCUCUUUAACCAAGCAGAGACGAUGCUCCAACACUAUAAGUAUCCGAUGCUUCUUAUUGAAUUUGACCAGAACAAGUCUUUUACACUCGACACAUUCGGUACGGAUCACACCACGACGCUCAGUACAGCCAACAAUCCGCAAGAUUUGCAGUCUAAACUUGCACUUCUUACACUUGCCUUUCCCCGCCUGAAGAUCAUCUGGUCAUCCUCACCAUACCAAACCGCGGAGAUCUUCGACGAGCUGAAGAAGCAGCAGGAAGAGCCAGAUCCUAUCAAAGCGGUGCAGAUCGGCCUCAUUGCUGGCGAGGAUCCAAGCGAUCAGAGCUUCAACCAGACGCCGCAGGAUAUGCUGAGAGCGGUGCCCGGCAUGACCGAGAAGAACCUCUCGCGAAUCACCCUCGAAGUUGGAGACUUAGCAGAUGUCAGUAACCUGACGGAAGAAGAGCUUGACGUAAUGGUUGGAAAAGAGGCAGGACGGCAAGUUUACAGAUUCUUCAAUAGGAGUGUGCUGGAAGAUUGA